AUGUCAACAAAACGGAACCCUUCAAAAUCGUGAGUCGUUAUCGAUUUGUGACUCCAAUAAAACGUAUUUUUGCAGUGAGCCGGUCCCCCGUCGGCCAGUGUCCCCAAACAGCACUCCAAAUGCUGCACUCGGUAUCUUUGUGGCGGUACGUUCUAAAAAAAUUAUAAAAACUGAAAGAAAGUUUAGAUCGCCCGUAAAAUUCUCUUCAUCGAUGCGCGCAAAGUGGCUCUUUUCUAUCUGGCAUUCAUCACAAUUCUCUCGUUCGUCGAGUCGCGAAUCGAAUUGGAUUCCACCUAUUACUUGGUGCAGAAGCAUAGCAUUCUGAACCAAUACGGAGUCAAAAUGGGAUGGUUCUGGACUCUUGUGAUCGUGGGGCCUUUUAUUUGGUAAGUCUUUCGACUGUAGAUUUCAUUCCAUUUGAUUCCAUUUUCAGGUUCUCGUCAAGGGCUCACAACCGUCGUGAUCGUGAUCAGCCAAUCGUCGAUAUCUGCCGUCUCGGAGUGGCCACUGCAUUGUGGUACAUCUCCGUUCAAUUGUACGCGAAUUAUCUCUCUUUUCUUCUUCUUCUUCUUCUGAAUUUGCACUUUCAGGUUCCACAGAGUGCACGCUGCCACGUCUUCUUGCGACAAGGGCCGUCGUCUGACUCGUGCUCAAUGCUCCGAAAAAGAGGGUGUCUGGACUCCCGGAUACGACAUUUCUGGGCAUUGUUUCCUCAUGCUCUACAGUAUCCUCAUAAUGACCGAAGAAGCCGUCGCCUUCCGUAACUACCAGCAAGUCACCGACGCCGUUCAUCAGAUGGACGGGGACCGUGAACAACACGAUAGCUUCACCCGCCUUAUUCAGUACUUUUUCGUCGGAAUGCUUGUUUUGCAUGGAUUCUGGGUAACUGGUCAUGACAGAGACCGAUCAUAUUUCUUGAUUUCAGUUCAAACAGCUCAUUAUCUCCGUCCUCUACUACCAUCUUUUCAUCGAAGAGGUAAAUAAUCAGAUCAAAGAAGACUGUCCUCAUUCCUAAUUUUGAUUCAUUUCCAGAUUAUGGGAGCGCUGGUGGCCGUCGGUUGUUGGUUCGUCACUUACCGAAUCGCCUAUCCAUCUGGUUUCCUGAGCUCUCCGAUCCGUCGAACUGCUGGGAGAAAAUAA